AUAAGUAUUUGUAUAUAAUUAAUAAAUAAUUGUUAUAAGAAAUAUAUAUAUAUAAUAUUCUAUUCAAUUGUAAAUGGCUGCUCUGGCUCCACCUGUCAUAUCGCUGUUAGCAGUUUAGUAUAUUAUAUACUGUCUGUGAGACAAACAUAAGCUGAGAGAAAGAAAUUACAUGAACUUUCUAUCAAUCGCUAUGCUUAUUAUUAGAAAAUUGUUUGAUAUUUUUAUUGUUGAAAAUUGAUAGAUUCGAUAAACUAGGUAAUUAAAGAUAUUAAUUAGGCGUUAUAUAUAAUCACAUGAGUUACCUUCAUAAAACGGUUCUCGUCACAUAUAUACAUGUAUAAAUUAUUAUAUAAAUUAAAAUGAUAUAUUAUUCUACGAGAAUAUCGCGGAAUUUAAGAUAUUUAAGAUGGUUAUCAUAUCUUGGCGCGCUCGCGCAUUCAGCUUCUGAUUCAUAGGCCGGUAUUCAUAGCCAGUUCUUAUUUCAAGACCGUCUUAAGUAAUGUCUUAAGAUGCUAAUACGGCUCUGUGAUUGGUUAAGGACAUCUUAAGAUUGUGCUUAAGACGGUCUUAAAUAUAAGAAUUGACUAUGAAUACCGGCCAUAGAGUGCGUUCGAGAUGACGCUAUUAGUGCACUCUAUCCUUGUUCAACUUUCACAAAAUAGAAUGAGGCUAUAGCGCUAGCGCCUCCUCGAACACACCCAUAUUCAUACGUGGCGAAUCGGAUUGCGUAACACACGCUACAGCUGAUGAAAGUUAGGUUAGGUCAGGUGUCAGGUUAUGGUUGGAUAACUUUUCGACACUUUUCGGAUCGUAUAUACUCGUGACUCGUCGUCCAUCGUCGUCUUUCCGUGAUUGUCACAAGAAUGGUGCUCUCGUUCACAGGAUUGCCGUCCUUGAGACGUUUACUGUUGCUCCUUUUACAAUGUUCCUUAUGUCGCCGCGCAAUGGUGAGCAAGUUUUGGUGCCAUGAGAUUGGACGCAGGUGGCGUCAAGCAGGCAAACAGGAGCCACCGCAAGCACGCGUGCUGACAGAACCAAAAUGUCAAUCAUACGUGGCCACCUGGUACCUGUUUUACCGCUGGAUCAUCUUCCUCGUGUGGGCCGGCUUCGUAAUUUGUUCGGUGUUCGAAUUCGGCAGCUAUAAACCGCUAUUCCAAUACGAGAAGUGGCCGAUUUAUCUGACCAACUGGGACAUAUUAUUGGGCUUCACGCAGGCGUUGGUCGGCGGUAUCCUCGUGUCGAAGCGAUGGCGAUUGCAGAAGAUAUCCGGUUUCGAUCCUUGCGGCCUUAAGUUGGAGUCCACCGAGCGACUGUACUGGUUCCUGUAUGUUGUCACGACUAACUUGGCAAUCGGUGUGACGAUCUGCUACUGGGUCACUGUAUACAAUCCGGAGAUCCAUCAGCUGGAUCCGCUCAACAUUAUGAUGCAUGUGUGCAAUAGCUUGCUAAUGCUGGUCGACUUUGUAGUUACCAGUAUACCAUUCCGUUUACGGAAUUUCUGGUGGUGUCUGUCGAUCGCCGUGCUUUAUGUGAUCUUCUCGGCAAUCUAUUACAUAGCCGGCGGACUCGAUAAGCACGGUUACCAUUACAUCUACAAAAUUGUCGAUUGGAAGCGACCGACGCGGACAUUACUCGUUUGUGCCGGCGGUUUCACAUUCGUCACAGUGUUGCACUGCGUCAUCUGUAUGCUAGCGGAUGUCAGGGAUCGCGUCUACCGCAAGAUUGCCGAAAAACUCGGCAAACCCGCACAGACUAAUAUGACGAACGAUAACCCGCUUCCGGAAAAACGGCCGGAAGUAGUUUAAUUAAUACAAAUUUAUAUCAAAGAUAUAUCCUCGUCUAUCCGGUAUCUUCUAACCCUGGAUAGUAGGACAGCUUAGUAUUCGGCAAGGAAAAGUUUUACUACUGAUGCUUCCUGUAGCUACGCCUUCGAGUAAAUAGAAUAUCCUCGCGAGUGAUUUUUGAGCUCAUCUAUUUUGCUCAUAGAAAAACAAUAAAAUAUUAAUAGGAUAUUAACAGGGUAUUUGACGAGUGAUAUAACCGGUUUAAAUGAUUCCUUGCGCGAUUCUGUGAACUUUAUCUUCGGCGAUAUUCCUAAGAAAUGAUAGUUAUUAUGUGAUAUCAAAUAAGAUACGAUUCCAUAAUAACAAUAUUUGUAGAAGCCGGAUUGGUAAAUGCUCGGUUAUUAUAAUCAUUGAGACUUUUCGUGUGAUUAAACUUGCUAUUUACAUAAAAAAGAUAAAGAUUCAUAUAAAAUAUAUAGAAAAUAUAUGUAUUUUCUUUCACUAAAUGUGAACGUCUCGCUAAGAAAGGCCAUUAUCAAUUAUGCAAGCAUUUUUUGUACAUUCAAAUUAUAUGUAAACAUUAUAUGAUAUUUUCAAUUUCAUAUUUAACGCCAUGUAUGACAUUAUUUGUCUCGCAUUUUUGCAAUAUUAGAAAAUAUUGUGUUAACGCAUCUUUUUAUAUUUAAUGAAAAUGAUGAAAAUCACCUCGCAUUCAGCGCUAAUUGCGCUGUUAAUCGAAUUAAUCAAAAAACAUUGUAUACAUUCAUAUUGCGCGAACGCGUUUGCUAGUAUUUUUGUUAGCACUGAUUACAUAGAUUUAGAAAUUUUAAUGAGACGAAUUAUCGUUAAAUCUAAACACAAUUGUAAAUGAAAUCAAUGAAGAAUACACAUAUAAAGAUGCAUAUACAUUCCAGAAUAAUAUUAGUAUAUCUUCAAUAUUGAUUUAGAAUGAAUAGAUUUGUGUUUUUAGAAUACAAGAAUUUGUUCAUGUGUUUCAGUCACAUAUGCAAGAGUUUGGCUGUUUAGCCAAACUUAUGGUUUAUUGCCAUAUUGUAAGAAUCAAUAAACUUAAGUUAAUUGAUUAUAUCGAUGCUUGUUUCAAACGCAAUUAUCGAUGCGUAUAUAGAUAAAUUUCACGAAUGGAACGUGAAAAGAUGAACAAUUACUCUUUAAUGUGUAUGCACGUCUAUACUUUUUGUACAUUUUAUGUUUUCUUUUCCAUUGUUACUAUUACAAAGUGUUGUAAAUUUUUAAUUGAUAUUAUUGCGUACGGUAAUUUUUAAUAUAUAGCGCUGUUUCAAAAAAGGUAUUAAACUGUAAUAAAUCUCACACGAUAUGGUGUCAUUAAAUUAUAUAUCGAAUAAUGAA